AACUCCGACGAACAAUGCCAUCGACUCCUCCUCAAUUUGUUGGCAAAGAAAGGGAAAUAUCUGCAUCCUUAUCGAGAUUUCAAUGGCGCCUCCCAAAGUCGAUGCUGCAUACCUCAAGGAAAUCGAGAAGGCCCGUCGAGACCUUCGCGCUCUAAUCGCCAAGGAGAAUUGCGCUCCUAUUAUGCUUCGUCUAGCGUGGCAUGAUGCAGGUACUUAUGAUGCUAAAACCAAAACUGGAGGUCCCAAUGGUUCUAUCAGAUUCAUGAAUGAAUUGAACCAUACUGCAAACAAGGGACUCAAAAUCGCAGUUGAUUUCUGUGAAACUGUGAAGGCCAGACAUCCAAAAAUCACAUAUGCAGACCUUUAUCAGCUUGCUGGGGUUGUUGCUGUGGAGGUCACUGGCGGGCCAUCCAUUGACUUUGUCCCUGGAAGAAAGGACUCCAAUGUAGUUCCAGAAGAAGGGCGCCUUCCAGAUGCCAACCAAGGUGCUUCCCAUUUAAGAGAUAUCUUUUACAGGAUGGGACUAACUGACAAGGAUAUUGUGGCAUUGUCUGGAGGCCACACAUUGGGAAGAGCACACAAGGAUAGAUCAAAUUUUGAAGGCCCAUGGACUAAGGACCCUCUGAAGUUUGAUAACUCCUACUUUGUGGAAUUGCUGAAAAAAGGCUCUGGGUCUGACCAACAACUACUGAAGCUUCCUACAGACAAGGCCUUGCUCGCGGAUCCUCGGUUUUCCCAAUAUGUGAAGGCAUAUGCAGAGGAUGAAGAGAAGUUUUUCGAGGAUUAUGCAGCAUCACACAAGAAACUGUCUGAGCUAGGCUUCGUUUCACCUCCCACAGUUCUCACGGACAGUGCUUCCUCAUGGACAAAUCGGAUUGUGGUAGCCACAAUCGUAGCAGCUGUGGCGAUACUGAGCUACAAAAGACUCAUCUCGCCUGAGGGGGUUGCCUUUCCAACUCUCUUCUGAUCAUACUAAAAAGAUAUAUAUCCCUUGAAUGAUACAAGUAUGUGUAUGUUCCCAUUUGUAAAUUUCUUUCAUUUGAAAAUGUGUGGAGACAAAAGAGAGCUUUCCACUUCUUAUACAAGUUAUGAACAUUGGUAAGAUGAAAAGCACCCUGAAGGGAUUAUUAUA